GCUCGCCAUGCUCGCCACGUCGGUCGGCGCGCGGUGCCCGGCGCUGACGCAGCACUUGCGGGCGCACUUUUGCGCCGCGUGCUGCUACGUGACGCCGCACUACGUGCGGCGGCCCGCGGGCGCAACCGACGACGCGUGGCGCGAGGCGAUGGGCUACCAGCGGCGCGCGCGCGGCUUCGAGCCCAAGGAGCAGUACUACAACCGGAUGGCUGGGUACCUGACGCUGUGGGCGGCGCUGCUGCAGGCCGAGGCGGUGCCGAUCUACGACGAGCGGACCGAGCAGAUGCGGAUGGAGCCGCACGCCAACCCGGCCGGCGCCGCCGAGGCGUGGCGCUGGCUCGCGCGGCUCGCCAACCAAAAGGCGCAGCGCAUCACGCCGACGCUGCUGCUCGCGUUCCUGAAGCCGAGCGCGCACAUGCUCGCGCGGAGGUACCCUCGGCAGACGGAGAAGCUGCUCCGCUUCCUCGCGACCGACUACUUGCUUUCGGUCGAGUCGCUGCUCGCCGCCUCGUCGGGCGCGAGCGGCGCCGAGGAGCGAGCCGCUCUCGCAGUGCUCUCGUCAUGGCUGAAGGAGACGCGGGAGGCGCUGCGGUGCGGGCGGCUCAAGCCACCGGCUGACGCGGUCGAGAUGCCCGAUUUCUUGAUACCCGACGACACCCGCGAGGCGGGCGAGGGGGGUGGUUGGUAGCACGCGCCCCGGAGCCGUAUAGAUCGCAGAGCCACGCGACCUGCGGAACCGGAAGAGAGCUGGCUCCGGGUGUGUCGGCGACCCGACGCGCGAGGGACUGCCACGCACUGUCUUCUUUAUUUCUAAACAUACCGGUGCAUGCUAU